GAAAGAAUGAGAGAUUUCCCUUCCUGUUUUGGUGAAAAUGGGGUUCAAGUUGCUGAUGCUUCAUGUUCAAGUGUGAGUUUAAGUAAAGCUCCUCCUCAAAAUUUGGUUACUUGCACAUACCAGUGUAAAUUGCUUGGAAAAUCUUGCUUCAUAACCAUUACUUGGAGCAAGAAUUUGAUGGGUCACUGCCUUGGUGUUGAGAUAGAUGAUUUGUCCCAUCAGUGUCUUUGUAGAGUUGAUGUGAAGCCUUCUUUGUUCUCUAAAAGAAAAGGUUCCAAGUGUCUAGAAGUGAAUUUUGCAAAAAUUGACAUGUAUUGGGACCUUUCUCUAGCUAAAUUUGGAUCCGGGCCUGAGCCAUUAGAUGGGUUUUAUUUAGCAAUGUUAUGUAAGGGAGAGAUGGUUUUGCUCAUUGGGGAUUUGAGGAAAGAAGCACUAAAGAAGACUGAAUCUUUACUUUCUCUUUCCAAUGCCAUAUUCAUUUGCAAGAGGAUUCACAUUUUUGGGAAGAGGGUGUUUGUUGCUAAGGUGCAAUUCUGUGGUAAUGGGCAGAUUCAUGAUCUUACAGUUGAGUAUAAUACUCUUGGUAGUGAUGAUACAAGCCUUGUGGUUCGAGUAGACAGUAAGACAGUUAUGAAGGUGAAGAACCUGCACUGGAAAUUUCGAGGAAAUUACAUGAUUUCGGUUGAUGGUCUCCCUGUAGAAGUUUUCUGGGAUGUUCAUAAUUGGUUAUUUGGUACUUCUGGGAAUGCAGUUUUCAUGUUUCAGAGUUGUUUGUCAGCUGAGAAAAUGUCGACAAAUCAAACAUUCUCUGAACUGCCUUGGCCUUGCUCCCAUAGUUUCCAGGAGUCUAAAUCACCAGGUCUUGGUUUCUCUUUGGUCUUGCAUGCUUGGAAGAAUGAGUAAAUGUGAACUGUUGCUUGAUUGCUAACAAUUACUUGUAGUUAGAUGAUUUUGUGGAGGAAUUGAAUGAAUUAUAUAAAUGGAUAUGGUGCUUUUUAAUCCUUUUGCACAAGUGAUUACUUGGACAUAGUGAGGUUAAUGACAAUGAAGGUUAUGUUAUACAUGGUUCAAUUGGCAAUUUCCUUUUGCUUUUGCUUUGGUUAAUUCUGUUCCUACAAGUGAUUCAGUUAAUCUACAGCAAGCCAGAUGAUCACAUUGCCAUAAACACCCACCCCUGGAUGAUGAUCAUUGCCAGUUUUUGCCUCCAACCCAACAAGGAGAGAACACAUAGUUAAACCAAUCCCUUACCUUACCUGCUAGAAUUAAAUUCAU